CGGGAGAAGGGCAGUAAAUACAUAGGAGGUGGGUGCUUCUGCGAUUGGUGGGGAGGGGGCUGGAAAUACCCAGGGUGGAGAAAGGAGGGAUACAGAAUGUGACAAGCCUGGUGGGAUUAGUUUACGGUGGGGCCUAGAUUCUAGCAACAGACCCAUGGGGUUUGUGGGUGGAAAUUCCCUGGUUUGUCAGCCCCCCUGGACUGGGCUGGGGAAACGUACCAGCCUCCAAUACUGGAGUCUGAACCUACUAGCCAGAGGGGAACCGCCAGUGAGGCCCGGGGAAGACACCCCAUCCCAUCCAAGUGCUGGCACUGGGGAGGGUGUUGGGAUUGCUGCCAGGGGGCUGUCACUGGACCCUGCUGGGGGCUCCAUCUCCUGUAUCAACUUCUGGCUGAUAGGUGAGUGUGGAAUGUGAAGACUCCUGCCAUUGCUGUCUGCUAGAAGGGGCGAGGGACUCUCUCUCUUUCUCCCCCCCCCCGAUGCCUCCUGGCUGCUCUGAUGGGGAGGGGGUGGGAUCCUGCCUGCCUCUCAGAGCUUCCAUGUGAUUGGCCCUCUCCCCUGUGAACAGUGGGGUUGUCACUGGGGAACAGAUGCAGUUUGGGGGGCUCUUGCUCUUUCAGGGGCCGGUGACUUUUGAGGAGGUGGCUGUGUAUUUCACCAGUGAAGAGUGGGCUCUGCUGGACCCUGCUCAGAGAGCCCUUUACAGAGACGUCAUGCAGGAGAACUGUGAGAAUGUGACUUCGCUGGGGUUUCCAGUUUCCAAACUCGAUGUCAUCUCCCAGCUGGAACAAGGGGAAGAGCUGUGGGCCCCAGAUCUCCAGGGCUCAGAGGAAAGAGAGAUCCUGAGAGGCAGCUGCAUGGCAGGUGAGGGGAUGGUGAGAGAGACUGUGGAGCAGAUGCCUCAGCAGGAAGAGGAGCAAGUGGAAGCACGUGGGGUGUUGUUGCAAAGAUGCAAAGGGAGUGUGUCCAGGAGUUGUGAGCAGGGAAAAGGCUCUCAGGGGCAGCACAGGCCAGAAAAGCGGCAGGGAUACCAGCCAGUGCAGAAAGUUGGAAUAUCUGUAAAUUAUCGGGAAACUCACAAAGGCCUCAAGGAAGCCACGGCCCACCAGAGAAUCCUGACGGGAGAGAGAAAUAACACGGGCUUUGAGUGUGGGAAAAAGUUCAAGAGGCGCUUACACCAUCAGAGAAUCUACGCUGGAGUGAGACCCCAUGAGUGCUGCGAGUGUGGGAAAACCUUUGCUCAGAGCUCAACCCUUAUCACACAUCAGAGGAGCCACACAGGAGAGAGACCCUACGAAUGCCAUGAGUGCAAGAAAUCCUUCACUCAGAGGUCACAUCUUAUUCGCCAUCAGAGGAGCCACACAGGGGAGAAACCCUAUAAAUGCCGUGAGUGUGGGAGAAGCUUUGCUCGGAGCACAACCCUUACUACACAUCAGAGGACCCACACAGGAGAGAAACCCUAUAAAUGCCAUGAGUGCGGGAAAACCUUUGCUCAGCUCUCAGGCCUUAUUACACAUGAGAGAAUCCACACAGGGGAGAAACCCUAUAAAUGUCAUGAGUGCGGGAAAACCUAUGCUCACUCCUCACGCCUUGUUACACAUCAGAGAAUCCACACAGGGGAGAAACCCUACGAAUGCCGUGAGUGUGGGAAAACCUUUGCUCAGCUCUCAGGCCUUAUUACUCAUCAGAGGAAUCACACAGGAGAGAAACCCUAUGAAUGCCGUGAGUGCGGGAAAACCUUCUUUUGGAGCUCACAUCUUACUAUACAUCAGAGGAGCCACAAUGGAGAGAAACCCUAUAAAUGCCCUGAGUGCGGGAAAACCUUUGCUCAGCUCUCAGGCCUUAUUACUCAUCAGAGGAAUCACACAGGAGAGAAACCCUAUGAAUGCCGUGAGUGCGGGAAAACCUUCCCUUGGAGCUCACAUCUUACUAUACAUCAGAGGAGCCACACUGGAGAGAAACCCUAUAAAUGCCGUGAGUGUGGGAAAACCUUUGCUCGGGGCUCAACCCUUAUUACACAUGAGAGAAUCCACACAGGGGAGAAACCCUAUAAAUGUCAUGAGUGUGGGAGAAGCUUUGCUCGGAGCACAACCCUUACUACACAUCAGAGGACCCACACACGAGAGAAACCCUAUAAAUGCCAUGAGUGCAGGAAAACCUUUGCUCAGCUCUCAGGCCUUAUUACACAUGAGAGAAUCCACACAGGGGAGAAACCCUAUAAAUGUCAUGAGUGCGGGAAAACCUAUGCUCACUCCUCACACCUUGUUACACAUCAGAGAAUCCACACAGGGGAGAAACCCUACGAAUGCUGUGAGUGUGGGAAAACCUUCGCUCGGACCUCACACCUUACUGCACAUCAGAGGAGCCAUAGAGGAGAGAAGCCCUAUAAAUGCCCUGAGUGCGGGAAAACCUUUGCUCAGCGGUCAGGCAUUAUUAUUCAUCAGAGGAAUCACACAGGAGAGAAACCCUAUGAAUGCCGUGAGUGCGGGAAAACCUUCCCUUGGAGCUCACAUCUUACUGUACAUCAGAGGAGCCACACUGGAGAGAAACCCUAUAAAUGCCCUGAGUGCGGGAAAACCUUUGCUUGGCUCUCAGGCCUUAUUACUCAUCAGAGGAAUCACACAGGAGAGAAACCCUAUGAAUGCCGUGAGUGUGGAAAAACCUUUGCUCAGAGCUCACACCUUACUAUACAUCAGAGGAGCCACACUGGAGAGAAACCUUAUGAAUGCCCUCAUCCGUCCUUGGAGUGAAGCCCACAGUGUUUUUCAUCAACUCCUUUGUUCUGCGUCAUGGAAGUGUGCAUCCCUCCAGGAAUGUCCGUCAGCCCCAGGUGGGGGAACCAGGAGUGACCUUUACUAGGUACAUGGAGAUUAAAUCUACCUGGGCCUUGACCUCACUAGAGUUUUCCAUGGAGUUAGCUAGAUUGAAUUAGGGAUCCUGAUAUAAAAACACAACUGUUACUUUUCAGUGAAGAAAAUAGCCUAUAUAGCGGCCAGGGUAACGUAGCAAAUUUCCUCACCACUGGACACAGCCUCCAUCACUUUUCCUAGUCUAACCAAAUUUGGAGCAUCACGUUUAUACUUGUCCUCCCACUGCAAAGUGAUUGUUAGUCACCAGUACACAUUGCCUCAUUCCCAGUUCUUCCCACGGUGCACUGGGUUCUGCUGAAAAGCAGCUGGGUUUUGUACCAUUUUUCUCAAUGUACAUAUAACAGAGGAGAAGCAGGGACAGAGGGUGUGACAAAGUGGGGAUUUUCCCUUGUUAUGUUGUAUAUGAGUCUUACUGUUGAGCCUAUGUGAGUUUUACUUGUUUUGCAUGAAUACAAUGUGUGCCUCAGUUUCCCUGUGUGCUGCCUUUAUGUGGUGGUAAUAGGGGUGUGUGACUUUGGCUGAGACCUCUGGGGCAGAUGAGGCUGCUCCAGCUGCCUGCACCUGUGGUAUGACCGGUUUGUGACGUUGCACUCCAUAUGCUUUAUGGAAAUAUGCUUUUGACUAGGACAUAACUGGAAUAUGCUUGACGUUAAAUACCCCUUGUAUGGUGUCAUUAGAAAGCUUGUAAUCUACUGAGUGUGUUCAUCCUAUGUGUUUGCCUGUAUUGUCUCUAUGUCUGGAGCUAGGAGAAUAAGGUAUAAACUUGUAUCUCUGAUGUAAACGUAUUAAGUGGAGGCCUUUAAGGGUGCUCCAGAAAGAAUCAGUCGUAAAUGGCCUUAGUUACUUGAACGCCUUCCUGUGUAGGUGUGGGCCAGCCCAUGGAGAAUGGAGAUGAGGGGUCUUACAGUGAUAUGUGACCAUGCCACCUGGUACUGAAAUCCAUCUUAAACCUGGUGCUUUUCCAUUUAGCAGGAGGGGUGGGGACUCAGAGAGACAAAAGAUUCCCGCCUCGUGCCAAUGCUAUAGAAGAGGGUGGAGAAGCACAAAGGGGGCCAGUCAUGAGAAAUCCCCUGCUUACCACUGAGAUGUCUGCUGGAGCUAACACACCUGGGAAAGCAUCAGGGCCAGACUAGAAAGGAGUCUAAUCUGUGACAGAAGCUUAUUGGAACAUUCCUGAGGGUGAGCUAUUACUUGUCAUCAGUUUCUUGCGUGUUUUGCUUUAUUUUCCUGGGUGACUUACUUUGUUCCAUCUGUUCUUACUUGAAACCAGUUAAACAAAAAUGAUGUUAAGUAGGAAAAGUAGGAUUUAUUAAUGAAACCAAAGUAAGUGAUUAAUACCUGGGGAAGAAAACAGCUAUGCAUCUCUCUCUAUCAGUGUUACAGAGGAUGGUCAA